AUGCGUUUUGGUAGGCCACCAGAGGAAGUGGUGGCCUUUGCGGAGAAGCCGCCCCCAGAGGAAGAGCAACAGCUGGCCGACCUCAGCAAGAAGUCGUUCCAAGACUUCUCGGGCAGGGAAGCUCGCAAGAAGAAGCAGACCCAGGCAGCACAGGCGAGAGUGGCGGAAGCUGCACAUGCCGCGUGCGAGGCGGCUAAGGAUGAGAACCGCAAAAUGAUCCGAAACGUAUCCGAAGCGCUGCAGGCACGGGUGGUCAUUCCCAGCAGUGAAGGCGCGGCGCAGAAGUUGGUCGAUGGACAGGCCACCUCGGCCAAGCCCCUCGAGGAGAAAGAGAGAACUGCCAAGGCCAAGGACGAGUGGGCCGCAGCAGUGGCGUUGUGCCAGGCGGAGGCAUGGAGAUCGACGCCACUUUCCGAGAUCGACGCAGAUGAUGUAGGAGUGCAGGACUUGCUGCGAGAAGCCUACUCCUCGAGGCUCAUCCCAGAGAGCGCUGGGGCCCUGAGCUGGUCGAUGGAGUCCGCAGGUGCGCCGCCUGGACCUUGGCUGGCGCUCGGGGACAUCAGCGCGCUGCCAGAAUACGCAGCUCUGGUCAGACAGAGCCAGUGGAGCCAUGCCCUCGGCGCGCGGGGGAUCGACUUCGGCGUCUGCGCGGGGGAGUCCCCCCUGGACGUCACCGUGCCCACCCAGCCCCUGCCGUCUGGCAACCAGGUGUUCGCCGAGGGCAUCCGCGGCCUGUACGAGCGCCGCGAGCUCUGCGACGCGUGCCUCACGGUCGGCGGCGAAAAGUUCCCGGUGCACCGUGCGAUGCUCGCCUCCAUGAGCCCGAACUUCCGCGGCUUCCUGCACCAGCCGCCAACGACGGGGUCGGCGGUUGGCGCCGGCGCCGAGGCGCGGACAGACCCGAUGCAGGGGAUGCUGACGCUGGCGGCGGCUGCGGCGCCGCCCCCUCCGGCGGCGGGCGCGGCCCCGCCCCCGGCGAGCGCGGAGGGCGCCGCCGCGCCCCCGGGCGGGCCUGCGCAGCCCGCCCCAGCGGCGACUCCCCCGCCGGCGGCCCCGGCCACGCCGCCGGAGGGCGCCCGCGCGGAGUUCCAGGUCGCGGGGGUGCAGUCCCCGGAGGCCAUGCGCAUCAUGCUCGACUACGUGUACCUGGUCGGCACCGGCGCGCCCUGGGAGUACGGGCCCUCGUCGGCGGAGGUCAACAAAGACAUCCUGCGGCUCGCGCGCAGCUUCGGCCUCGACCACCUGCACGAGCACGCCGCCCGCUGGCUCGCGCGGGGCCUCACCACCACGAACGUGGUCGAGCGCCUGGUCACCUGCGAGGAGUUCGGCCUCGGCCUCCUCCGCGAGAAGAUCAUCGAGCAGUUGGGCGCGCACCCAGCGGAGCUGAUGAGUGUCGCCAGCGGCCCCGCGAUCAUGAGGUACCCGCACAUCCUGCAGGACCUCUUGGUCAAGGUGGCGUCGUGCAACGCCGCCGCGACGGCCGCGAGGCGGGCCGCGGAGGCGGCGCCCCCCGCGGAGGCGGCGCCCCCUGCGGCGGAGCAGCCGGCAGAGGCGGCGCCUGAGGCGAAGGCGGAGGAGGCGGCGGACAGGGCCGCCGACCCGAAGCCCCAGCACAGGGCCAGCACCAGGGCGGAGACCAAAGCGGCGGCCGCGGAGCGCGCCGCCGCGGAGAAGCCGGCCGCGAAGCGCGCCAAGCGCGGGGCGGCGGGCGCGUGA